AUGAGUCGUCUCGUUAUCUCUGGUGCUGGUGGAGGCGCCCCAAACCGUCUCGAAAUCAACGACUUCAUCAAGCACGACAAAUAUUUUUCGCUCUACGUCCAAGCACUGCAACUUAUGUAUACCGAACGCCAGCAAUCCGAUGCCCAAUCUUUCUUCCAGGUUGGCGGCAUUCAUGGAUUGCCAUAUACCCCGUGGGAGGGUGCGACCGUCGACCCACCUGUCAAUGCGGACAAUCAAUGGGCUGGAUAUUGCUUUCAUAGCUCGGUCCUUUUUCCCACUUGGCAUCGGCCAUAUAUGGCCUUGUUCGAGCAAAUUCUGUGGACUCGCGCCCAAGAGGUCGCCGCGACUUACACCGUUGACCAGGCAAACUGGAAGGCUGCCGCUACUACGAUCAGACAGCCAUACUGGGACUGGGCCAAAGACUCUGUGCCGCCCCCGGAAGUUAUCUCUCUAUUGCAAGUUACCAUCACCGGUCCCGAUGGGAAGAGCAAGCUGGUCGACAACCCGCUUUAUCAGUAUAGGUUCCACCCAAUUGAUCCAUCCUUUCCGACUCCUUUUAACAACUGGCCAACGACUCUCAGGCGACCCAAAACCCAGAGCCCGACUGAGGGGGAUAAUGUAGCCGAGCUCGUGGCCGUCUUGAAGAACGCGCAAUCAAACAUCCGGUCAAACACUUUCAAUAUGCUUACUCGAGUGAAUACUUGGCCUGCCUUCAGCAACAGCACGGCCGGCGAUGGCGGAAGUACCAGUAACAGUCUCGAAGCGAUUCACAACAGCAUUCACAACCUGGUUGGAGGUAUAGGGCACAUGGGCGACACAGGCACUGCCGGCUUUGAUCCCAUUUUCUACUUACACCAUACCAACGUUGACCGGAUGCUCUCUCUUUGGGCUGCACUCCAUCCCGGAGUUUGGGUCACUGAGGAGGUCUGUGAGGAGGGUACAUUUACUACCCCCGCCGGCCUUCCCGUCGACGACAAUACACAUUUGACACCUUUCUACAAUUCCCAGGAAACGUUCUGGGCCUCCGCUGGCAUUGCCGACACCGCGAAACUGGGAUAUACGUAUCCCGAGUUUAACGGCCUUGACAUGGCUAACCCCGCCGCUGUCCAGAAAGCUAUCGCUGCUAUUGUUGUCGGGCUUUACGGGGACGCGGUAUUAGGCCUCUUACCAGCCAAAGCCAGUACCAUCGCAGGAACCGCUGCCGGUCAGCUCUGGGACUGGACCGCUCGCGUCAAAGUUAAGAAAUUUGAGAUUGGCACUAGCUUCUCCAUUCUGUUUUUCCUUGGCUCGGUUCCCGAAAAUCCCAAAGAAUAUCUCGUCAGCCCCAAUUUGGUUGGUGCACAUCAUGAGUUCGUCAAUAGCUCUUCGGAACGCUGCGCGAACUGCAAAGUACAAGAAGACGUUGUCAAUGAAGGUUUCGUCCACCUCGAUGGAGGUAUUCUGGAUCUUGGGAAUUUGUUUACUUUGGACCCGGAUAAGGUUGAGCCUUACCUGAAGAAGGAACUGCAUUGGAGAGCUGUGAGGCUUGACUCUUCGCCUGUCGAAAUCCCAUCUCUGGAAGUCACCAUCUUCGCAACGCCACUGUCGUACCCUCAUGGUUCCCUGUUCCCUAUUGGUGGGAAGGCUCGUCGACACAACACAAUCACCCAUGGUCGCACAGGAGGGAGCCAUGAUGCUUAAGGGAGUAGACGUGGCAGAUAAAGAAGAAGAAGUCGACUCAACUUGUACUUGUAUCUCCUUGUGCGUUCUUUUGAAUGUCGUAUUAGUAACGUUCACGUG